ACAUUCACGCGACUGGCGCACAGCGCAGCGCAGACGCCCCACGCUUCCGAGGCGGCCCUCGACCAGCUGACCACGCUGCAGGUCUCGAGGCAGGCCCGUCGGCCGGGAAUUGUUUGCGCCGGUGCUGGCGACAUUGAACGUGCGCAUGCAGCCCUCAAGCACCUGAGGAUCGCCCACAGCGAUAUGCCACUGGCCUCCAGCAUUGCAGCUCUCUCCCCGCAGACGCACGCCGGCAAGCUCGUUCCACUCGGCGCGGCAUUCUAUGCUGACUUGCGCGACCGUGUCCGCGAUGCAAGCGGGUCCGUGGUGCUUGGCUUCGCGCUAGUGGAUAUUGUCGACACUUUGCCCUACCUUGGCACCGACAUGGGGCCCGCCGCCGACGGCGCGGCUCGCGG